AUGAGCCUUCCACCCCCCGCGCCUAACCAGGUGUUCUGUGACGUCUCCGCCCUUGAAGGAGGCCACGUCGACGCGCCCUAUUCUAUGCUCGUCGAGGGAGGCGCCCCCGACGACAUAAGGCACUGCCCCGUCCUCGUCUUCCUCAUCCGCCAGACCAACCGCGCCGAUAACAUCCUCUUCGACCUCGGUGUGCCCAAGAACUGGGACCGCUUCCCCUCCGCCGUCGCGCUCAAGGACAUCUUGCAUCUCGACCACCAUGUCUUCGGGACCGACCUCCUCCCCGUCGACGGCCUCACCAAGGGUGGCCUCUCCCCCGCUGACAUCACCCACACCUUCGUUUCCCACCUCCACCUCGACCACAUCGGCGACCCGGCGCUAUACCCGAACGCAGAGCUCCUCCUCGGCGCUGGCGGCCGCACCGCCCUCGCCGCCGGCUUCCCGGGCGACCCCGCCGCGACUCUCCCCACGGACUACGCGGACGGCAAGGCGGGGCGGACGACGUGGCUCGACCCGGCGGGCUGGCCGGCGCUGGGCCCGUUCGCGCACGCGCUCGACUUCUACGGCGACGGGAGCCUGUACGUCGUCGACGCGGGAGACGGGCACAUCGCCGGGCACCUGAACGUCCUCGCGCGCACGUCCGCGGACGGCGGGUGGGUGUACCUCGCGGGGGACAGCGCGCACGACUGGAGCAUCAUCCGGGGCGAGCGCGGGUUCGGGCACCACCAUGUGCUCGGGUGCUACCAUGCGGACGAGGGGAAGGCGAUGGCGCACGUUGAGGGCAUCAGGACGUUGAUGAGGGAGAACGCGAGGGUGAGGGUGCUCAUCGCGCACGACGUGCCGUGGUACGAGGAGAACAAGGGCGGGCCGGCGUUCUUCCCGGGUAAGCUCGAGUCGUUGUAG